AUGCCCGGGGGAAUUCGUCCGCCGCUCUCGGUCAUUGAAUCCUGGCCGCCUGCGAACACCGUCAAUCCCGAAUCUCAUGGGCCGGCAGCCAUUGUAGUGCCGGCCGUUCUCGGAGGCAUUGCUUUCAUCCUUAUUUGUGUCCGACUAUGGGCGCGCUGUGGAAUUCAACACUCGGGAGGACUGGAUGACAUUCUGAUUGCCUUGAGUCUUAUCCCAACUCUAGGAUUGAUCGUUACCAUCCCCCUUGGAGCCUAUAAAUACGGUCAAAACCAUCAUGUGUGGGACAACGCGCUGCCGAUAUUAAUCAGCGAGCGCAAACUUGCGAUCGCCAGCGAGAUAUUCUAUGUGGCAUCCACCAGCCUUACUAAGGUCUCGGUGCUGCUUUUCUAUCGUCGCAUGGGCGAGCGCACCGUUUCCCCCCGAUUUAUCACGAUUAUCUGGAUCAGUAUAGCAUCCGUCAUCGCCUACAGCAUCGCCUUUCUCGUCGUCAUCUUCGUCUCAUGUCGCCCCUUCAAGGCCUUUUGGCUCCAGGUCGACCCCGUCUGGUCCCAGACGAAUUCUUGGCACUGCUAUGACGAAGCCGCCCACCUUUUCGCCGCCACGGGAAUCAGUCUCGUUCAAGACCUCAUCGCCACCAGUCUACCGGCAUGGCUUUGCUGGAAACUCCAGCUCCCUCGACGGCAGAAGAUCGCCCUGAACGCUAUCUUCGCCGUCGGCUACCUUGCGGCGGUUAUCGCCGGCAUCCGCAUUUACUUCGUCUGGAGGCUGUUCUACGCCUCCUACGACGCCUCGUGGGAGGUCUGGUACUGCUGGCUCUUUGCCCUCCUCGAGGUGCUCAUCGCGUCUAUUUGCUCGAGUCUGCCUAGCGUCAAGGUCUUCUUGCGCUGGUACGAUAUGCCGUCGAGUCUUGCGGGCGUGGUGCGCUCCCUCAAGAACUCGCAUUCCCACGGCAGUCGAAACAAACACUCUAUCUCUUCUGCUCGGCAUGAAUACUGGCACUCCGGUGACGGGGACAAAUAUCCGUUGACUGAAUACGAAAUGUAUAGCAGGUCGGAUUACAAGUCUUCUCCUGGGAGCUUGAGGGAACCGAAGUCGACGUCGCCUAUGGAGUUAUCGGUGGAUUCCCAGACGGCGGCUUCACAUGUUUAG